UGAUAUACUUGCUAUGCGGCUCAUGUGUGUAAGUGUUAAUUAAAAAUGAUUCUGUUAAUCAUUCAGUUUUGCAUAAUAUCUUUAGUCUCUAGUCAAGAUGACAGAUUUGAAUUAAAUAUUCUACAUUAUAAUGACUUUCAUGCACGCUUUGUUGAAACAAGCCCCAGUGGAGGAGUAUGCAAUCCGAAUGACGCACCAUGCAUAGGCGGUUUCGCACGCUUGACCACUGUGGUCAGAGAAGCAAAGGCCAGGGAGCCGCAUUCCUUACUUUUGAAUGCUGGUGACAGUUUUCAAGGGACAAUCUGGUACAAUCUCCUGCGAUGGAAUGUUACUCAGGAUUUCAUGAACAUGUUGCCUCAUGAUGCCCACGUGCUCGGUAACCAUGAGUUUGAUAACGGUAUCGAUGGUGUCGUGCCUUAUUUGAGAAGUUUAGAGUCACCAGUAGUUACCGCGAACAUUAUAGAUGAUAGGGAACCUACAAUACAAGGUCUCUACCAAUCCAGCAUUGUUAUAGAGAGAGAAGGACGUCAAAUCGGCAUCAUCGGAGUCAUUAUAUCCACCACAGAUGAACUGGCAUCAACUGGACAAUUGGAGUUUACCGAUGAAAUUGAGACCGUAAGACGCGAGGCUGAAAAACUAAAUGAACUCGGAGUCAACAUUAUUAUUGUUCUGUCCCAUUGUGGACUUGAUAUAGAUAGAGAGAUCGCUCUGCACGGUGGGCCUCAUAUAGACAUCGUAGUCGGUGGACAUAGUCAUACUCUACUUUACAACGAUGAAGCACCAAACAACAGUGGAUUCAUUCCACAAGGGCCUUAUCCUGUAAUCAUAGACCAAGAAACUCGCAAAGUUCUUAUUGUCCAGGCGGCUGCUCAUACUCAGUACUUGGGCGAAAUAAAGCUGCAUUUUGAUGACGCAGGGAAUCUCCUUGAAUGGGAAGGUCAUCCACAUUACAUCGGAAACGAAAUCGAACAAGCUCCUGACGUGUUAGAAAAAAUCAACCAGUAUUUGCCGGAGAUUGAGGAACUUGCUACAGUCAAAUUGGGUACUAGCAUGGUAGACCUAUCCUCUAACUGCACCUGUGGUGAAUGUAACCUGGGCAAUUUCAUCUGUGACGCUUUCUUGGACAAGGUGAUAGAUCUGGCCCCAGGAAAUAAUUAUUGGCACUACGCACAUUUCUGCAUCAUAAACCAAGGCGGAAUCAGAACAAGCAUGGAUCGCGGAGACAUUACAUUUGAAUCCGUGUUGCUGUCUACUCCGUUUGAGAAUAACGUAGAAGUCUUUGAUUUGCGUGGCGACCACAUACUGGAAAUGUUGGAGUAUUCCGUGGCAAACGUCCCCUACCCAGGCGCUAGAAUGCUACAAGUAUCAGGGCUAAGAAACGUUUUCGACAACACGCGCCCUGUGAACAACCGAGCCCUCAACGUCACCGUCAGAUGCAUCGAAUGUGACGUGCCCAGAUACGAACCGCUGCAGCUCGACAAAUACUAUAAAGUCGUCUCCCAGUCCUUUAUUGGUGAAGGAGGCGACGGAUUUACUAUGUUAUCAGAAAAUCGGGUCAACGUGGAGGUCGUCGGUGUAGACUACGAUGUACUCAUGACGUAUAUUGCGAAACAGUCCCCCGUCUUCAGAGACAACGACGGUCGUAUUGAGAUAACAAAUCCGUGCCAAAACUAAAUAAAUAUUACGUUAAUUCCACUAUCUUGUAGUUACAUAAUUUUCUUCUUGGGGCACUGAUUAUCUGCUACUUUGCCCAAAUACAACGUGAAUAAUUGUGGUAAAAUUAUAAAAUCAUAAUAAGAUUCUA